AUGUUAUUUCUACCACCACAACAACCAGUUGUGACUGCACAAACGAAUAAUGAAGACACCAUCAACCCAGUCCCUCCCCAGCAGCGCUCCUUUAGUGAGCCAAGGAAGACGAUGAUUUCAUCUGGUGUUGUUUUUCAAUACAAGAAGAGUCAUCAUGAAGAAGAACAAGAAGAAAGUAGGAAUAACGAUUGCGUGAUAUGCUUGGACAAGUUUGAAGAAGGAGAACUUUGUAGGGUUCUUGAUAGAUGCAACCAUGUCUACCAUCGAUUCUGUAUCGAUAAGUGGCUCUUCAAGGACACACAUUGCCCGCUCUGUCGCUCUUCUGUUUGCCACGAACGCACUGUUGACGAUCGAGUGCUCGACCAAGUUUAA